AUGCAGCCCCUUGAUAUACCGGAAAAUUUAUGGGUGCAAAUAGACGACUUGAACCGCUCCUUCACAUUCCCCUCGCGAUACUUCGACCUGGUGCACUCGAGGCUCGUUGCUCCAGGAAUAAAUAGGACUCGCUGGACAUCCUAUGUUCGUGACCUGGUGCGAGUGACGAAACGUGGCGGAUGGGUUCAAAUGGUCGAGCUGAACUAUAAUGUCCAAUCCGACAACGGAUCCAUAACCGACCAACAUGCUCUCAGAGAGUGGAGCAGGCGUUAUAUGAGGGCGCUGGAAGACUUGAAAGACCUGCGAGUUGGGCCUAGACUUGGAAGUUUGAUGACAUCGGCUGGCUUGGUGGAGGUCGAUACAACCAUGAUCCAGUUACCAUUAUCUGCAUGGUCAAGCGAUCCCCGCAUGCAACAGAUCGGCGCCUCCAACAGAUCUAAUGUCCAUCAGCUUUUGGAGUCCCUUGCGCUAUACCCAUUCACUCAACGUCUUCACAUGCCUGAAGGCGAGUUUCGCAAUUUGAUAUCCCGGGCUCAAGCAGAAGUAGACGAUUUGAGACUGAAAGCCUACUUUCCGUUCCAAGCCAAGAUGCCGUCAACUUACAAGAGAGACAAGCCGUGGGACACGGAUGACAUUGAUAAAUGGAAGAUCGAAGAAUUCAAACCCGAACACAAUGUCAGUGGAUCAUUUGCCGAAGAAUCCUCUUUUAUGACUCUGUUCCCGAAAUAUCGUGAAGUCUACUUGAAAGAAGCAUGGCCGAUGAUUACGAGGGCGCUGGAGAAGCAUGGCGUCGCGUGCACUCUGGAUUUGGUAGAGGGGAGCAUGACAGUCAAGACUACGAGAAAGACAUAUGACCCGGCGGUUAUUCUGAAAGCGCGUGAUCUAAUCAAGCUGCUUGCACGAAGUGUGCCGGCACAGCAGGCGAUCAAAAUCUUGGAUGAUGAUAUCGCAUGCGACAUCAUCAAGAUUCGCAACUUGGUAAACAACAAAGAACGUUUUGUGAAACGCCGACAGCGGAUUCUCGGUCCCGCGGGGUCUACACUAAAAGCUCUCGAGCUUUUGACCAGCACCUACAUUCUAGUUCAAGGAAAUACCGUCUCGGCCAUGGGACCGUUCAAGGGACUAAAGGAAUUGCGUCGCGUCGUGGAAGACUGCAUGGCCAACAUCCACCCGAUCUAUCACGUCAAGGAACUCAUGAUCAAGCGUGAGCUUGCCAAGGACCCGACCCUGGCUGGGGAAUCGUGGGACAGAUUCCUUCCAAACUUCAAGAAACGCACUCUUUCAAAACGCCGUGUGCCGCACAAGGUUACCGACAAAUCGAACAAGUACUACACCCCUUUCCCGCCCGCGCAAGAAAAGAGCAAGAUCGACAAGGAAUUGGAAUCUGGCGAAUACUUUUUGUCUAAACAGGCCAAGGAGCGUGUGCGCAAGGAAGAGAUACAGGAAAAACAACGCGAGAAGAGAGAGGAAAAGAUGAAGGAACGAGAAAAGGAUUUCGUGCCACCGGUUGAAGAUGCCGAUCGCAAGGAGAAGAAGAAGGAGAAGAAGGAAAAGAAAGAGAAGAAAGAGAAGAAAAAGAAGAGGAAGCACGCUGAAGAGGGAGAAGAGGGAGAAGAGGAGGCUUCAGAGAAAAAGAAGAAGAAGAGAAAGAGUAAAAGCGAGGUGGAGGAAGACUCUGAAUAG